AUCGCUUAAUGCGUGCUCAACUCUAGCUGCGGUCAUCGUAUCACUAGUUUUUUUCAGCCGACAUCUCUUUCGCGACCGACGUUUUGCAUCAUGAAGGUCCACCAUCUAUCUUCGCUUCUUCUUCUUCUCCCCGCACUCUCAGUCGCCGUCGCCGAUUCAACAACAGUCAGUGGGAGCCUGCAGGAUGCAUCCACUGCCAACGCUGUUGAUACAGAUGCACUCGCUGCUUCCAAAACUGCCUCGAAAGGGACGCUGGACGCCCCCAUUGACGGCAAGGAUGGCCGGCCUCACGCCGGUCCUUGGGUGGAAACAAGCGCCGAGCGGGAUCGCAAAAAGUCAGGCUCGGGCGUUUCAAUGGACGACGUCACCGUGGCCGAUUACAAAGCGGCAGAACAAUUUGGGCCUGACGGCAAGCCGAUCCCGUAUUCAAAUGACGGCGUGAUGGACGACCCUCAUCGGACGGGUCCAAAAGAAGGAACUCGAGGGACAGAGGGCGGCGUCACGGAGAAGAUGAGGGAGAAUCCGUUUCCCGGCGAGAAGACGCCGGAUAGUCCUAAGGAAGCUCCGCCGUUGCCGCACAGCGAGCAGCAGAAGCUGCCCACGCAGAUUGAGGCCACUGAGGCCAAGGACCCCAAGAGCUUUACUGCGGAUUCAAGCCUGGGUCGACUCGAGAAACCCGCCGACUUGCCUGAGAAGCCCCAUGACAUCCCACCUCCCAAGUCCCCCGCAACGGUGAAAGAGAGCCCGCUCGGUCUGGAUAAGGAUGGCCACCUGCAACCACAAUCCGGAGACAUUCAGGAGGAAACCGCGUUCCAUUCGCUGCUGUUCUCGUUUACCAUGAUCGUGGUUUCGGAGAUUGGCGAUAAGACAUUCUUGGUGGCCGCCCUCAUGGCGAUGCGUCACCCGCGCCUGCUCGUUUUCUCCGCGGCAUUCGGCGCGCUGAUGAUCAUGACUGUCCUUUCCGCUGUCCUGGGUCACGCCGUGCCCUCGUUGAUUCCUAAGUCUCUUACUAAGCUUCUGGCAGCGGUCCUGUUCUUCGUGUUCGGGCUGAAGAUGUUGAAAGAGGGCCGCGAGAUGUCUCCCGAUGAGGGUGUCGGCGAGGAAAUGAAGGAGGUUGAGAUGGAACUGGAAGAGAAAGAACAGCAACAGAUGCGCAUGAACCGUCGUCGCUCUUCCGUGACUCCUCACGCCUUGGAGGCCGGUCGCGUGGGCCGGCGCAAGUCCCGUUCAUCUGGCAACCGCCUCCCUUCGCCUCCUGAGAGUGUCUCAUCUUCUUCCUCGCGUGGAUCGUCACCUUCCCCCAAUCGCUGGGGCGAUGCUCUCAAUGGCAUGAACAAUCUAUUCUCGCUUCUUCUCAGCCCCGCCUGGGUGCAAACCUUUGUGAUGACCUUUUUGGGUGAAUGGGGCGACCGUAGCCAGAUCGCCACAAUCGCCAUGGCUGCGGGUCAGGACUACUGGUGGGUCACCGUCGGCGCUAUCACCGGCCAUGGACUCUGCACUGCUGCGGCAGUGAUUGGAGGAAGUGCCAUUGCUGGCAAGGUCAGCAUGCGUGUUGUCACCCUGGGCGGUGCUACUGCGUUCUUGGUUUUUGGCGUCAUCUAUCUCAUCGAAGCGCUCUACUAAGAUCCUUCCUCUUCCUUCCUUCCCUUUGAGCCUUGCUGCUUAUGGCACGCUGGGUCCCUUGAUACGCAUAUACUUGAUAAUGCAUGCAUGUAUUCUCUUAGCCUGUCUGGCAUGUUUUGAUAAAAGAUGAUGUCUGUCGAAAUCCAUCUUAAGGUGGAUGGCAUCUACGGCGUUGAUUUAUGGGAGCUGGUAUUGGCUGAAUUUACCUGGAUUUAGAAUGAGUUGCAUUUCAAUCUCAUCUUGCUCUACCAGCAAUUCCCUCUUUGUCUGUUGGCCGGCUGGCCACAACUUGGUUCUCUUAUCUGAGUUCAGUGGCUGACGAUUCGAUGUCCUU